AACCAAUACAUUUUUCCCUACCAAAAUAAUGUUCGAGAAGUUUUCGUACCAAAGGGGUUUGGUAAACAAUCGGUGGAUUUAUUGCUGGGCAACGUUUCGCUUUUGACACAAAAGCUUCGUCAGGCCAAUGCCUUUAGUCAACUAUCUGAAGAUAUGCCGCAUUUCACCGUCCCAGGGGAUCAGCCAGGUUGUGAUUCAUUAAGCGGUUUGCCGGCGGUUUCUCCGAUUCCUGUUAUCAGGACUUUGGAACCAGAAAGACAUUCACCACUGCGGUCCUUGGAGAACCUUUCGGUUUAUGCUUUUUGCCAUAAGGCAGCCCACUGCAAGUCGUUGAUGGGAUCAGUCCAUAUGUUCUGCUUACACUUAUAUUGCUUUUCAUCGGUAUCCAUUUUAAACAAUUCACAACCAGGUAGAAUUAUUCGAACGGCUGUUCGUCGGAUGGCACGAAGGCCGAACCUAACUUUAUCCGGUUUGGCCGUUGUAUUGGACGAACACAGAUACAUUUUUUCCGUCUGUUCCGAAGGAUCCACGGACCGUAAUGAAAACUUCCUAUCGUUGUGUGCAACAGAAGGCCGGAUCAAUUGGAAAAUGUUUGGGACCGAUUGGGAAGUCAUCGUUUCAGAGAGGUUUGGUAAACAAUCGGUGGAUUUAUUGCUGGGCAACGUUCCACCGAUUGUUUACCAAACCCCUCUGAAACGAGGACAUACAGGAUAUUAUGGAUCACCCACAAGCAGUUCUCAGGCUCUCAACAAGUCCCGUCUUCCGCUGUCAUCCACGAAUGAUCUCCGAAAGGUGGAAUGGUGGCUCUUGAAGGAGGUUGACGAUGUACAAAUGUACGUGACCGACGUGCUUACACGGACGUUGACACCAACGCUAGCCGUACUACUCAGGUGGCGCAUUCGUGUCAACCAGGCUGGCCCAAGGACUUAUUUCCUGGACGCGCCAUCUUCGUAUAUGAUGACGGGAGCGAAGAGGGACCAGGAAAAGUUGCAGUCCGAACGUCAUCAGCUCAUUAUUCAGGAGCUUUUACGCGACGAAGAUAACAAAUAUUGUGUUGAUUGCGAUGCCAAGGGUCCCAGAUGGGCGUCUUGGAAUAUAGGUGUUUUCCUUUGUAUAAGGUGUGCUGGAAUCCACCGCAACUUGGGAGUUCACAUUUCCAAAGUAAAAUCUGUCAACCUGGAUACAUGGACAGUUUCGCAACUUGCAACAAUGCGUGAUAUGGGUAAUAGUCGUGCUCGAGCAAUUUAUGAAGCUCGUUUACCUGAUAAUUUUCGAAGGCCGCAGACGGAUUCUGCACUCGAAAUCUUCAUACGCUCAAAAUAUGAGCAGAAACGUUACAUUGCUCAGGAAUACGUUCCUGCACAACCGGAUGUGGAGUCGCUUUUGAUGGAGAUUCAGCGGCUGGAACAAGCAAGCAAGAAGCGUCAUGUUCCCAACACUGUUUCACUUGGCCAGUCGACCGCUGCUCCCUGCAAACAAGCUGCCUACCAGGUGAACUUACUUAUCCCACCCAUAGCACCGGACACUCAGAAACAGGUGGUUGAUUUACUGGGCCUAGAAGCCGACAUAUCCACAUCUAAUCACGUCAAUUCAACGGGUGAUAUAUUCGAGUCUUUGGGUCCUGAAAACAUAAUGGGUAAUAUAACUCCGGAUUCGAAGUCUACCUCCAUCUCAUCUGCUCCUCAACCCAUUCAAACGAAUGUUACACAUUCGCAAGGAAGUUUUUCCAACGACCUUUUGGGACUGGACGUGACCAAUGCUCCCGUUCACGCUAUUACCACCAGUGGUCCAAUUUCUCCGACUAUCCAGACAAGCGAUGCCUCUGGCGUCAAAACGUCAAAGGACGCCAUCCUCGCCCUCUACCAGCAGAGCCAGCAGCCUACCGCACCAUCCGUAUCCUUUCCUGCCGUUACAGGAAUUCCAGGGAAUGCGUUCGGCCAGUGCGUUUUGGGUGGGAAACCUGACUCCGGGUGGCCCCUUGGUAACUCGUCUGUUGGUUUUCCUGAUAAGUCUACCGGAGAGCUGUUCGGUGAUCUAUGUUCAAUAAAAAACACAUCGAAAUCAAAUGAAUUUCCAUGCUUUGCACAGUCGAAUUUCACACAGGCUCCUACAGCUCAGAAUCCCAGUUCAACGAUCCCCGCAUUUUCUCAAACCAAUGUCUCCAUGUCACCCGGAUUCGCCGUGUGGCCUGAUGCAAGCAAAACGUAUUCACAUUCUGGACAUGACAAAUCCUCAGUAGAACACAAUCCCAACCCUACAUCACGGACUCAAUUUCCAAUCAACACAGCGUGGAACUCUGCACCUCAUAUUCAACCUGCAGUUCUCUCUGGACAAGUUCAUUCCGAGUUUCCAGCGUCCACUUCGUAUGGUUCUGGACUGGUUGGUUCCGCGUCCGCUGCACAUCAAGCCUAUUUGUUGCAGGUGCAACGUCAGUUGGCCUCCCUGCAACUCAGUGGGACAGUUAACAAUCCACAAUAAACACUUGAUUUGACAACGCCCUGUACGGAGACUGGAACAUGUCAAAUCUCUGACCUUUGUUGAUUUCCUGUAUUCGCAGGCAUUCAAUCAGCCCUGUUUUGCCCGUCCCGUCCCUGGACUGUGAUAUUUAACUUGCAGCACGGAUAACUACGACUCUCAAGCGUACAUCAUCAUGUCCGAUCAUCAAAUACAAGAUAAACAUUUUAGUCGAAUCGCGUUGUCCAUGUCUGCCUUCGUGUUCACUGCAUACCAACUUGUUCUGGUCAGCGUUGUCCUCCAGCGAGGUCGGUCUCUAGCACAUCUUUCUUCUCCAUUUCACUCGCCCGCUUUCUUCUUGGCUAUGUAAAGCAUUGUCGUGUGAGACCAUAAGGUCACAUCAUUCGCGUCACCGACGUUGGUUUUGACUGCUUCGUCUUCGUCCUGUUCCAACAGAGGUGUCCAAAUUUGUAAUACCCGGGACCCAUGAGGAGCAUAUCUUGACUGAUAUGAUAUAUGUUGAAUGAAAA